AUGAAAUUCCUUCUCCUUUCCAUUCUUAUCAGCGUCGCCGCCGCCAAGAUUUCCACCAUCAAAGUCACCGGAACGGUACUGUGCAGAAAGCAAAAACAACCCGGAUUGGAAGUCGUUCUCAAGGAGUCCGAUUCUUUCACUCCCGAUGACAAAUUGAGUCAAACGACGACGAACAAAGACGGUUUCUUCGAGAUCUCGGGACAAGAUGAUGAAUGGGGAUCGAUUGAGCCAUACGUUUACAUCUUCCACCAUUGUCGUAUCCUGAAAGAGGGCUGCCGAACUCGUUCCCGAUACGAUGUCCCACAGCCGGUGAUCAACGGUGUUUACGAGAUGAGCUACAUUGAUCUCGAUAUCGCUCAAUCCGGCGAGACUUACGAAUGC